AUGAAAGUUGCAUUUAAGAGAUUACUGCGAUUCAAGAGCCCUGAUGGGCGUAUUCUCUAUGGCGAGGCACCAGCUGGAGACAUCUAUCCCCGGGCCAGUUUGGUGGUACCAGUUUAUGAGGGCAUCAAUCCCUGGGACCUGAAAGUGACGGAAGCAACCGCCGAAGUGGCCGAAGUUCUCUGUCCGCUGGCAUACACACCAAUCAUUUAUGGCAUCGGGUUGAACUACAAGACCCAUAUCGCCGAGGCAAAAUGGCCAACGCCACCGUGUUUAUGA